AAAUCGGUGUUUCCCCCCCCCCCCCCCCCCGCUCUCCACCGCCUACCGCCGCCGAAAUCUGUUCGUCGGCGACCUCGCAGCCAGCGUCACCGUCCUCCGCGCCCCCGUGCCCUCUACUGGUGCCGUACCGGCGCGGAGCGGAGAUUGUUUCUUGGAUCGAUUUCUUCUUCUCCUGGUGAUCGGCUGUGGCAUGGCAAGGAAGCUGUCAAUUUGUCUCACCUUCUGUUUUCAUAAAUGAUGUCCUUACUUCUGAAGGGCACAACAACUAAAAAAUUAUUCAAGUGGCCAUGGAGAAGUGAAUCAGAACUUUCAACACGUCUACUUGUUGAAAUUCCACCUGAAAUAGAAUUGUCCGACUACAGGAGAUUGCUGAGCUCUGAUUGUGAGAGUCCACCAGUACAUCUCCAUGGGGAAGACUUAAAGGCCGAGCUAAUUCCUGACUUGGAUAUUUUCUUCGAGAGGCUGUAUGAAUAUUUUUGUGCAAAGGGUUUAAGAUGCAUCAUCGUCAAGUGGAUAAUUGAGAUCCUUAAUGUUACAUUUAUGGUAUGCUCUAUUGGUUUUUUCUUCUUGUUUGUUGAUUGGGGUGCCCUUGGCCAUUUGAAAUGUGGAGUGGAAGCACUUGAGUCAGGGGAGAAACCAUGUGACUUGAUGAAAGUCAUUAAGAAUGAGCCAUUAGUUCCAUUCACAUUUGUGAAGAUGAUCACUAUUGGAUCAAUGGGUAUAUUGAUGACAUAUGGAAUUAUUAACUUUGUGAAGUUCUUUUUAAAAUUGAGAAGCAUGCUCAAAGUUCGCUACUUCUAUUAUAACAGCCUUAAGGUCACAGAUCUGGAGAUUCAAACUAUAUCAUGGCCCAAAGUAGUUGAGAAGGUUGUCCUUCUCCAGAAGUCACAGCAACUUUGCGUUGUUAAGGAUCUUUCAGAGCAUGAUAUCAUCAUGAGAAUAAUGCGUAAACAGAACUACUUGAUUGGGAUGGUUAACAAAGGCAUCAUUGCAUUUCCUGUUCCCUGUUGGCUGCCUGGAGUUGGUCCAACUGUCAGUUCUCGUGUCCAUGGAAGGAAAAGCUAUCUGAUGGUUCCAAAGACCCUAGAGUGGACAUUAAAUUGGUGCCUCUUCCAGAGCAUGUUCGAUAGUAAAUUUUGUGUUAGAAAAGAUUUUCUAACAAGCUCACGCAUCUUGAAAAAACGGCUUGUAUGUAUGGGUAUUGCAAUGCUUUUACUGUCACCCUGCCUUGUCAUCUUCCCAUUGGUAUACAUGUUUCUGAGACAUGCUGAAGAAUUCUACAAUCACCCCAGUACAGCGUCAUCUCGAAGAUGGUCGAAUUUAUCAAGGUGGAUUUUGCGGGAGUACAAUGAGGUUGAGCAUUUCUUUAGGCAUAGGAUGAACAACUGCACGGUUCACUCUUUGAAUUAUUUAAAGCAGUUUCCAACGCCAUUAAUAUCUAUUAUCGCAAAAUUUAUAUCGUUUGUAUCUGGUGGCUUGGCUGGCAUUCUUCUCAUCCUUGGAUUUCUCGAUGAAUCUAUCCUUGAGGGCCAUGUUUUUGGCCGAAAUCUUUUGUGGUAUGCUGUUAUUUUUGGAACUAUAGCAGCUAUUAGUCGGAAAGUUGUGGCAGAUGAUCUUCAAGUGAUUGACCCAGAAGGAGCCAUGACUAUUGUUGUCCAACAGACACAUUACAUGCCAAAAAGGUGGCGUGGUAAAGAGAGCAGUGAUCUUGUGCGGAAAGAGUUUGAAACUCUUUUUCAGUAUACCAUAACAAUGCUUUUAGAAGAGAUGGCGUCCAUUUUCAUCACUCCUUACUUGCUAAUAUUUGUGGUACCAAAGUGCGUCAACGAUAUUCUUCACUUCAUUUCAGACUUCACAGUUUAUGUAGAUGGAGUGGGAGAUGUAUGCAGUUUAAGCUUGUUUGAUUUCCAAAGACACGGAAAUAGAAACUAUGGUUCACCAUGUGAUGCAGUAAAAGACAUGAGGAGCUCCCAAGGGAAGAUGGAGAAAUCGUUAUUAAGUUUUCAAAGCACCUAUACAUCAUGGGAGCCAAAUCCAGAAGGCAAGCAGUUUUUGUGCAAUCUCCAGAGAUUCAAGGAAAAGCAAAUCCGUAAAAAUACUUUUCAAGCAAUGGAAGAUUCACAACUUGGAUCAAGUACUAGAGGUCAAAGUGGCAAUCUUUUCCAUCGACUGCUCCCCAGGGAUAUCCAUCCAGGCGAUGGGAUUAUUUGUAACUUUAUCCCUUUAGGACCGCUUGAUGCAGAUCAAAGGUCAUAUCCAUAUAUCCUUGACUGGUAUUACACAUGUCACCCACACUCGGGUAGGGAUGCCAACUCGUCUCCCCACCUUGGCGAAGCAUCCCCUGAACCAGGAGAGGACAUAUGGCCACCUCUGAGCAAACCAUUAACGGAGAUUGAGGAGGAGCAAAUCUGGGAUUCUAAUUUGUAUGAAAGAGCUCGAAGCCACUUGGAGGCAUCAACAUCUAGUGCAUUCUUUCAACGUGCCACCUCCCAGCGCCAAGUUAGGGAACAAAAUUCUACAAGCCACCACUGGUGGGCUCAGGCCACCGCACGGCCAAAUCAUCCACAAGGCAGUUUUAUUGAGCCUCCACCACACAGUUUUAUUGAGCCUCCGGACAUGGGAAAUCACCACACAGCAGGCCAGUAUUCCAGCCAGCACUGCAAUUGGGCUCUGAGCUCUGCGCAGCAUACUGAUCCACAAGACAGUUUCCUUGAGCCUCCAAACUUUGGAAAUCAUUAUACAUCUGGUUAUCAUUCGAGCUAUCACAGCAGUGACGCGUCGGAGGGAAACAAAGAGCUAGAUCAAAGAUAUAUCAGAAGCAACAGUAGUUGGAGAAGACCCCCAGCCCUGUCCAAGACAGGGUACAUGGAUGAUGACCCUGACCUAGAGCAAUGCUCGAGUUUCCAUUUUGCCGAUGUCAAGGAUGACGAAUAUGAAGACGAAGAUGGUCAUGGCACAGCUCAUAUUUGUAGCUCUAUGCCGGCCAGCCUUCAUGUACGGAUUAUACCUAGAAGCAGUGACCCUGUUUAGUUAGAGAACACACACACGGAAAAAAAAAAACUAGUGAUACUUGUCCAGAUUGAUCUCAGUUACAUUAGAAACGAAAGACGCAUAUGUUAGUUUAUUGUGAGCCGGCAAAGGUUGACAAAUUCUUUUGUACAGAUGAAUUUGCUUACCUGAUAUAUAGUCUUGUCCUCCCCCAUGUUAUGGGAGAGGAGCCAUUCUUUUUGAUAGAAUGUGGAAGUGUUUCAAUCAGCUAA